GUCGGAUUGACAUCAAAAUUAUAAGUUCCAUUCGGCCCUACAUCAUGUUGCGGAUUGCCUGUACUCGUAACUAUCGUCAGAGACAACCCCAAGUGACCCAGUUGCGCGGUCCGCCAAUCAAUUUAAAUUUCAAUCGGCACAUCAAGUUUGGGGGCAUCCGAGUCCUCCUGGUCAUGACAUUUGACGCAGUGCACAUCUGGGCUUAUUCCUAUCAGACUUCCCUGGCAUGUAUAUAUAUAGGCCUUCCCACGAUUCUUGGCGAUUUUGUAUGCAGGACUUACACCCGCGCGUUCAAACGUUCAUCAGUGACGGCAGGCUCCCAGACGACGGAUAUCUACGACCCGCAGUUUCCAGCGUAUAUCUGACACAUAUAUUCUAUGGCCUUCUUAAACGCAAUGGGGCAGACAGCGAGUCACUGGCUCAUCGGUGCCACGAGUAAUGAUACAAAUAAGGUAGUUAUAUAUGUAGGAUUUUGUGCGCCUCCGUCCUUUUCUUUGUUUGGUUUAGAAGCUCUGAUGAUCACUCCAUCCCUGCUGGUGCGUGGCAGAUGGAUACAAUUGAUUAGGUUCGAAAGCUCCACCUUAACUCCGACCUUAUAGCUACAAGAGCAUCUUCCUAUCCACGCGGUGUUUACUCGUUGCUGGUUGUGUUCUCUUUCCCCAUGAUUUACAUGCGCAUUAGAGAUGCAGCUGUACUCGAAAACGAAGGCUUGUACCUCUCUGCAUUUGUUAAGUCCAUGUCUUGUGUACAGAAUGCAGAGAGACGGAGAUCAACGACUCGGAUAUUAAGCCUUAAGGCAAAAGGGAUGAUCAACAGUGGGAACGGAAUCACAUGAGCG